CUGGCUUUCUUUCAGAAUGACGACCGUAAACGGCACCACAAAGAGAAGCAUCGUCAUCGCUCUCGGAGUGCUUCCAGCAAAUCUUACUCGGGCACAGAUGAUGAUGUAGAUACGCACCGUCGAUCGCGGCAUCGAAAUCGAUCUAGGUCAAUCGAAGCGGAUGUUAAAAAACCAACAAAUCCUGAUUCAGAUUGGCGUAAAGACUUGAUGGCUGGACGUCGCCGCAGCCCGCCUACAAUGCCUGAAAACAGUUACUAUGGGUUCGAAAAGCGGAGACGAGAACAUAAGCGUUCCCGCCAUCGUCACAGGAGCAGUGAGUCAGAGGAUGAUCACCGCACGCGUCAUUCUCAUUCACGAAGUUCGAGACGACGUGAAGACUCCCCACUUAGACGCCCCCGUGGUGAUUCUCCUAGAGACUACCGACAGUAUGAUCGGCGCAGUGGAAAGCACAGAGAGAUUGCUGAUCCCGUCUGUGCGAAUCCUGCUGAUCGAGCCAACCGAUUCCAUGACAGACGAGCACAAUGGGCCCAGGAGGAAGAUGAAUUUAGAACACAUGGAGCUUCAGAAACCUCAAGUAAACAAAGCAGACAUAAACAUUUGGCGGUGUCCAAUCGUCGCCAACGACAACCAAGUGACACCGUCGAGUCACUAACUCCCGAGGGACCAAGCCUGCCACAACCACCCAAAGAACCAAGCAGACAAGAACCACAGCGACAGGUCCAGAAAGUGCCGUCUACAUCGUCGAGUAGCAGCGGUUCGGGAAGCGAAUGUAGCUCAUCAGAUGAUGAUGAUGACAGUUCCAGCAGUAGUGGUAGCAGUAGUAGUAAAUCAGAAGAGGUUGCCCAGAUCCCAGAAGGUCCACCUCUCCCCCCAGGCUCAGUGCAUCAAACCGCAGAACCCGAGGGUCCGGCACUCCCUCAUACAGCUAUUGCUGGUGCUUCGAUGAAACGCAGGGUAUCCCAUGCUACCAGUUCCACUUCUUCUUCAGAUGCCUCUGGUUCAGAAUCCGAUGAAGAGGAAGAUGGUUCCGGUUCAAGCAGUGGUAGCAGCAGCACUGGCAGCGGGGACAGUAGUGACAGCUCCAGUGAGCCAGGCGAUGAAGAUGAAGUGAACAACAGUUUAUCUCCUGUGAAGCGGAGAAGAGAAAAUAUGGAUACAGGACAAGCAAGCUCAGAGGUCAAACGGCGGGAACGCGUUCCAGAAGGGCCCGCAGUGCCAGAAAACUACGUGUCUAAGUCAGAUCAACAUCGCAGAUAUCCUGAUAGUGGCCAAAGAAAGCCAUCCGAAAGACAGGUAAGUAUGAAAGUUUUGUCUUUGAUUAUGUCGCGCACCGAGUUUUACCCACACGUCCGAAUAAAGUCUGUGGUUGGAUCAAGUUAA